AUGAGUCGACAGUUUAGCUCUAGGUCUGGGUUCCGGAGUGGAGGGGGCUUCAGCUCUGGCUCUGCCGGAGUGGUCAGCUUCCGGCGCAGGAUGACUAGCAGCUCCGUGCGCCACGGUGGGGGAGGUGGCGGGAGAUUUUCAGGGGGAAGAUGUGGUGGUGGCGGCGGGGGUGCUGGUGGCGGUGGCUUUGGAAGUCGAAGCCUUGUUAACCUUGGUGGCAGUAAAAGCAUCUCCAUAAGCGUGGCUGGAGGAGGAGGUGGACAUGGUGGUUUUGGUGGUGGUGGCUUUGGGAGUGGUUUUGGCAGUGGAGGUGGUUUUGGUGGAGGCGGUUUUGGUGGAGGUGGUUUUGGCAGUGGAGGUGGUUUUGGUGGAGGCAGUUUUGGUGGAGGUGGUUUUGGUGGAGGUGGUUUUGGUGCAGGUAGUUUUGGGCCUGUCUGCCCCCCUGGUGGCAUCCAGGAAGUCACCAUCAACCAGAGUCUUCUGCAGCCCCUCAAUGUGGAGAUUGACCCUGAGAUUCAAAAAGUAAAGUCUCGAGAAAGGGAGCAAAUCAAGACACUCAACAACCAAUUUGCAUCCUUCAUCGACAAGGUGAGGUUCCUGGAGCAACAGAACCAGGUGCUGCAAACAAAAUGGGAGCUACUGCAGCAGGUAGAUACCUCCACUCGGACCCACAGCCUAGAGCCCUUGUUUGAGGCCUACAUCAACAAUCUUAGAAGGAAGGUGGACCAGCUGAAAAAUGACCAAUCUCGGAUGGAUUCAGAAUUGAAGAACAUGCAAGACCUGGUAGAAGAUUACCGAAACAAGUAUGAAGAUGAGAUCAAUAAGCGGACAAAUGCAGAAAAUGAAUUUGUGACCAUCAAGAAGGAUGUAGAUGCUGCUUAUAUGGCCAAGGUGGAUCUUCAGGCCAAAGUUGACAACUUACAGCAGGAGACUGAUUUCUAUAGAGCACUCUAUGAAGCAGAGUUGGCCCAAAUGCAGACUCAUAUCAGUGAAACCAAUGUCAUCCUGUCCAUGGACAACAACAGGAACCUGGACCUGGACAGCAUCAUCUCUGAGGUCAAGGCCCAGUAUGAGGAGAUUGCUCAGAAGAGCAAAGCUGAGGCCGAGGCACUGUACCAGACCAAGUAUGAAGAGCUCCAGAUCACUGCUGGCAAACAUGGAGACAGCCUGAAAAGUUCAAAGAUGGAGAUUUCUGAGCUGAAUCGGAUGGUCCAGAGACUGCGAUCUGAGAUUGAUAGUGUCAAGAAGCAGAUCUCUUCACUGCAGCAGUCCAUCAGCGAUGCUGAGCAGCGUGGUGAGAAUGCCCUCAAAGAUGCCCAGAACAAGCUGGCUGAUCUGGAGGAUGCUCUGCAACAGGCCAAGGAGGACCUGGCCCGGCUGCUGCGGGACUACCAGGAGCUGCUGAAUGUUAAGCUGGCCCUGGAUAUUGAGAUCGCCACCUACAGAACACUUCUGGAAGGAGAGGAAAGCAGGAUGUCUGGAGAGUGUCCCCCGAAUGUGAGCGUGUCUGUGAACACCAGCCACACUACCAUCAGUGGAGGUGGUGGCCGAGGAGGCGGGGGUUUCGGCUCUGGCGGCGGUGGCUCCGGCUCCGGAGGUGGCAGUUAUGGCUCUGGAGGUGGCAGUUAUGGCUCUGGCGGCGGCGGCGGCAGCUAUGGCUCUGGAGGCGGCGGUGGCUUCGGUUCUGGUAGCAGCAGUGGAGGCCACAGAGGCAGCUCUGGAGGGGGUGGCCGGGGUUCUGGUGGGAGCUUCAGCUCGUCUGGAGGCCGGGGAUCCAGUUCUGGGGGUACCAAGACCUCUGGUGGCAGUUCCAGCAUGAAGUUUGUUUCCUCCAGCUAUUCCAGAGUGAUCAGAUAAAGAGGUGUCCUCAAUCCCAGUUAGCUCUCUCCCUUUAUCACUACUAAAUAUGCUUGGCAAGACCAAGGUCAGUUGCCCCAGCCUCAUUGGAGAAAAGAGCUAUCAUGAGUUACACUAGUUUGCCCUAGUUCCCUGGCUCUUCCCUUUCUUCUCUGCUUCCCAAAGAAGUUUUUAGAUCAGUGGCCAUCUCAGUCCCCCUGGUUAUGACCCUGCUAUGUGCUUUGCCUGAGAAACAGUUCAGGAAUAACCACUACAAACAUUUCAUUUCAAAGCACCUCCUUAAGUCGGCUAGAGGAGGGCUGGUUAGAACCUCGGCUUCUGGACACUUCCUUAGUAUUCUAUUUCUUGGGGCAAGCUCUGUGCUCCUUUGGUUUUGUAUAUACGGUGUGAGCAAGUUGAUUGUCUUUUGUGGAGAGGCCUUAAACUCCCCGCUUACCUGUAUUGCUGCAAUAAACUGCAUUUGAAACUCUC